AUGUCGUUUCCGUUAUUCUCGUCGGCGCAACCGCAGCAAACGCCUCAGCAGCCGCAAUCCUCCUCCCUGUUCGGAAUCCCGAACCCCUUCCAGCAGCAAUCCCCAAGCCCCUUCCAAUCUUCGCCGAGCCUCUUCCAGCAAUCUCAGCCGUCGCCGAGCCCCUUCCAGCAAAGCUCCUCCUUAUUCUCUCAGCCCCAGCAGCAGCAACAGCAACAGCAGUCGCUGUUUCAGCCGCAGCAGCAGCAGUUUCAGCCUCAGUCGUCGCCGCUUCAGUUUCAGCCUCAGCCUCAGCCUCAGCCUCAGCAGCAGCAGCAGCAGCAGCAACAGCCGCAGCAGCAGUUGUUUUUGUUUACUAAUGACAAGGCUCCGGCGAGCUACGGCACCAAGUGGAGCGAUUUGCACCCCGAUUCGCAGAAGAUUCUGUUCCAGAUUGAGGAGCACAUACUGGGGUACAGGGACGAGAGCCAGAGGCUGGAUCAGUGUAGUCGGCUGUAUGAUUCGUCAGUUUCCAAUGACGGGUUUGAGCAGGAUGCAAGUCGUAUCGUUCAGGAGCUUGGGGGAAUAGGUACUGCCAUGGACCGUCAGAAAGCUCUGCUGCAGGAGCUGAUGGCUACUGUAAAAGAGAUGUUAAGGAACAGUGAGAUUGCUGUUCGCUCUUUCAUGAUGCUACGUCCAAGAUUUCUUCGUCCAAAUGCAGGAGGUACUUCAAAUGGCACUGCACCUUCACAGACUCCUGGAGCAACAGUAACACCUGGCUCAACUAGUCAACCAACUACUAGUUCUAUAGUUCCAGUUUUUGACUUCUAUAAUGGAGUUCCAAGGAAACCAUCCCCCUUCUUACAGCACACGAUUGCAAGAUUUGAGAAGUAUCUCGGUGAGUGCCGCCAAUGGAUUGAAGAAAUCGAGCAGCUCCUUUUAAAUUCAGAGAGGAACUAUACCAAUGAUGGCUCCUCUUUGUUGCAAUCUCUUCCAAAAGUCAUGUCAAAUGUGCACGACUUUUUUGUUCACGUGGCUGCUAAGGUGGAGAGUAUUCAUCAGUACAUUGUAUCAAUGAAAGCAGCUUAUCUUGCUAACCAGCGUCGCUUAGGGGAUUCCAAUGACCCAUUUCUUGAGGCUGAUAGGAGGGAAACAGCAAGGCAAGAAGCUGCUGCUAAGAGAGUGCAUCCAACUUUGCAUUUACCUGCAAUUUCACAACCAUCAACACAAGUGGCUGGAUUGUUGACUAGCUCAGGAACUCAAGCGGCAUCAACAGCAUCAACGGCUCCACAGACAUCUGCAGCUACUGCAGCAGCUUCAUCUGGGAGUGCAUUUUCACUUUUCAGUACACCUUCCGCCCCAUCUUCUUCUUCCAUGACUUCAUCUUUGUUUGCAACACCAACCACUCCUGCUCCAGUAUCUUCUCUUUUUGGACCAUCAUCUGCUACGCCGCAGACGACUGCUUCUCUGCUAGGAAAUACUGCUCCUGCCUUGGGUUCUACUACUCCUGUGGGAGGUUCAUUAUUUUCUACUCCAUUUGCUUCUGGUCCUGCAACAUCAUUUGGGUCUAGCUUUGGGGCUACAACGAAAUCAACAAAGCCGAAAACUCGGUCUGGCCGACGUUAGUUGCAGUGGUAUAACCGUUUCAGGCCACUAGCUCAUUUUCAGAAAGUAUCUGUGUUUUCAAGGGUCAAGGAGUGUGGUCUUUGCUCAUUAGGUUUGUUUGCUGGGAAGUGAAUUGAUCUCCCAGAGUUUUCCACCGAAUCUUGUACUGCCUCCUCAGCUCAAAGUGUACUGUAAUGUUGCGAUGAGAUGUCGAAACAUCCAUGUCACUGUAACAUUAGUAUAGGAUUUAGAUCAGAUUUUUUCGAAUGUGUUCACUAGAGAAAGUGUAGAAUAUUUGUCUAAGCAUCGGGAGCUUCAAAUAAGAAAAUGUCAAAGUU